AUGGCUCCCCCGCUUCGAAUCGCCGUACUGGAAUGCGACACGCCACUAGAUAACAUCAACGCCAAAUAUGAAGGCUAUGGUGGUGUUUUUAAAGAGCUCUUCAGAGAGAGCGCCAAACGCUUAGGGCAUCCAGAGAAACUAGACCCGGACACUGGUUUUGAGAUCUCGCGAUGGGAUAUCGUGGACGGAGACAAGUACCCCAACUUGGAUGAGGUUGAUGCUCUUGUUUUGACUGGGUCGAAGCAUAACUCCUUCGAAGACCAACCUUGGAUCCUGAGAUUAGUCGAAUACACAAAGAAAGCCAUCGGACACCCCCGCGUGCGGAUCCUAGGUAUCUGCUUCGGCCACCAAAUCGUCGGACGUGCUCUUGGGGUGAAAGUCGGUCGAAGUGAUGCCGGCUGGGAAAUUGCAGUGUGCGAUAUGGAUCUAACAGAACAAGGGAAGAAGCUGUUUGGAAAGGACAAGCUCCACAUUCAACAAAUGCACCAGGAUAUUGUCUACGAAUACCCGGCCAAUGUUACACCGCUUGGCUCGUCUCCUCGUUGCGCUGUGCAGGGCAUGUACCUGCCCGGGAAAUUUAUUACUGUCCAAGGACAUCCGGAGUUUACUGGGUACAUAGUCACUGAGAUUAUCAGUACACGGUCAAAAUUGGGUAUAUUCUCUAAGGAGGUGUCUGAGGAUGCCUUGGACAGGGCUGUCGUUGAGCACGACGGUCUUGCGAUUGGGACGGUGUUCCUUAAUUUCUUGCUGGAGGACAGGGAGUAA